AUGUAUGAUAUAGAUGGCAGAUAGGCUUGCUAUGAAAUUGAUACUAAUCGCAACAAAUAGAGCAGCAAAUCACCCUUAAUUUAUAAUUUAGGUUGGAGUGAAGAGUUAAUCCUCAAUAUACCUAAAGGAUUCAGACCGGAACCAUAAGUAGUUUUGAAUUAAGAUUAUAUUGAUCAGCAUUUGAAAACUUUUCAUAAUGGAGCUUCAUUUAUAAUUGUCACUGCAAUUUUAGAUAAAUAUGGAAGAGAUCACAUUGGAACAAAAAAUGGAUUAUUUGUUGUACCUACAUCUCAAAUGGAUAAUUUAUUAUAAGCAGCCAACGGUAGCCUUUCAAUAGUCGAGAAAAAUCUAGGUAUUCCUAGAGGAAGAUGGUUAUUCAAAACGUCUUAGUAGGAUUGA